AUGUCGGCAACAACAGCGAGCGCGAAGAAACGAGUUUCGGAGUCGAACGAUUCAAAAUCGGAGAGUCGAAAAAGAGUCACCGUCGACGACGAUUUUGAUGCGGACAUCUCCAAUGAUAUCAAAGAAAUCAUGAGUGCUCUUAAGCAGAUCAAAGAGAAGGCGCAAAAGGACGGUCAGAAGAAGAACGAAGAGACAAUUUCUAGUGUCGCUUCAGACAUAAAGUCAAAUUUGGAUGGGUUGAAAUCAAAACUUGAGAAAGAAAGGCAAAACUUUGCCAAGGCUCUCUCCAAGAGCUCAAAAGAGUGUGAGAGUUUACUGAAGAAUGAGACUGCCAAGUUCCAAGCCGCUUACGAUAGUUUCUGCAAGGAGAAAGCUACACAUCUGCAGGCCUUGAAAGAUGUAGUUGACAAAUAUGAAGAGGAGAAAGAAAGGUUAAUCUCUCGAUAUGAACAACUAAGGAAGAAGGAGAAGAGCAUGUUAUCUGAACAUGAGAAAGCCAGUGCAGCAAGAAUUGCGGAACUGGACGAGUCCCUGAAGAAGAAAAAGCAGGAUGAUAAGACUUUCAGCAUUCUGAGAAAGACUCUGGGUUCAUUUCUGGGAGACGCCUCAGAUGAAGACUUCCUGCCGGACGACUGA